AUGAAGGCCGCUUGUGUUCAAUGUCGAGUUCGUAAGGUCCGAUGUGAUGGCACAGUCCCUCGCUGCCGCACCUGUGAACGAUUAAGCUUCCAGUGCUCCUUCGAGCAAGACGGUUCCGGUGGCCAGUAUGCGCCUCGUAUCCCGCCAAAGUGUCGCGGUACAAAGGCGUGUCAUGAAUGUCGGGCCAUGAAAGUUCGCUGUUCUGGUGAUACGCCCCAAUGUACCAACUGCCAGCGGAGGAACAAGCAGUGCACAUACGCCUCAAAAGCUGGGUCGUCACCUACUGAGGCAUCGUCAUCUCGAGAUGACUCGGCUUCUGCAUCGGCUUCUCGAACUACUGUUUCGCCUGAAAUACAACGAUCAAGUAUAGCUUCUAGCUCUCAAUCCAACAUUCUCAGUUCAACAGUUGAUCAAUAUACGCCUUCGCUUUCGGAUGAGCUGGUCAUUGGACUUGUUAGUCUAUACUUUGACCGCCUAUACCCCCUUCCAUCAUACAGCUUCCUUCACCAAGCCACAGUUAUCCAAAGAUGUCGCGAUAAGUCAAUUGACCAUGCUCUCGAGCUCGCAAUAUGCUCCAUCACGGCAAUCCACUUUGAUGACUAUCAAUAUGACCGUGAUGACUGGGCUCAAGAAGCUGAACGCCUCAUACUCGAACGUCUUGAACAUCCGUCCAUAUUCAAGAUCCAGGCUUCUCUUCUUCUCAUACGCUAUCGAGCUGCUGUGGGACAAUUCCCCAGGGCAUUCAUAAUGGCUGGUCUCGCGGCAAGGUGGGCUGCAGCUUUGCGGCUUAACUAUGAGCAUUCCAAGUUAAGCCCUGUCGCCCAAGAGGUCCGAAGGCGGACUUUUUGGUCGUUGUAUCUGCUGGAGGAUAGCUUUUGUGUUGGUCUGAAAGAGUUUGAGCUAUUCGACCCUGACGUUAUCUACCUCCAACUACCCUGCGAAGAUGAAGACUUUUACCAAGAGCGACAUGUCGCUACAGGAUACUUGCAACCAGGAAAGGGGCUGGAGCCUGAGGUUCUGGGUUCUCGUGCUGCGUUCGUGCGGUUAUCUUCCAUCAGACGUGCUAUAAUAAGACUUAAUCGACGCAUAUCACUGAAGGAAAUUAAUAUUUCUGAGGUUUUCUCGUCGAUGGAGCGAUUUCAGAACGAUCUUCUUCGCCUCAAGACUAAACUUGCACCUCACGACCAAUACCCGCUCUCAAGUCGGGGAAACGCUUAUUUGUCACCUCAAUAUGUGAUAAUGCACAUGAGUUGGCAUCAGUGUCACUGCGAUAUAUACCGCAUGUUUCUGACAGAAUACCCCGAGUCGACACCCCACGCAUCUAUCGAAUGCAUAUCUGUGUCUGAAAAGGCGUCGAUGAAAGAAAAAUGCAUUUCACAUGCCGAGGAGAUUGUGAAUAUUUUGUCAGCUUUCGUAAAGCACAAGGACGAAAAGGAUACGUUGGAGUUUGACGCAGCUAUUUGUGCAUAUCACAGUGCUAGGCUUCUGUUGUUUGGGGCAUACACUGGUGGAAACAACACAGGCCUACUGAUGCAGACAGCUAUUAGCAAAGCCCAGUCGUGUCUCGAUGUUAUUACCCGAUACUUUGACUUUUCAGCACAGCUCAAAUCAAUGCGACAAGAGCUUGAGAGAGUUAUACAGCAGCACAAACAGUGGCUCGAAUCUUCAGAUCCCGGCGCAGUCACCACAGCCGAUCAAGCUUCUUCAUCAAAGCUUUCCAAGGAUGCCUACAACCGUCAGCGCCUCGCCAUACACAGCCUUCUUCGACAGUCCGAUUUUGUAGAUGACAGCCGUGAUGCGGCACCCGAACCUCCACCUGAGCCAGCGUAUGGCGGUGGGCUGGAUUUGAAUGCGUGGGCGUGUGGUACGCCUGGGACGCAGGAUUUGAUAGGGUAUCUGGAGGAUGUUGAUGAACAGUACAUGUAUUAG